ACCGUGAAGUUUAUUACUCUAAAUAAAUGCCUUAUGCUGUGCUAACAUCAAGCUCUAACGCUAACGUUAGCUCUGUUGUUGAGCAACAUGGUUAACGUUACAGCAAGUAAGUUAGUACUAACACACAAGUAGGUUAUAUCCUUGAAACAUGAGCUAAGAGAAGAGGGUCAAGUAGUUGAAGCUAAUAUACUUUAAACUAGGCUAACAGUUAAAUUACGCGACUCAGCAUAACGUUGACGUUACUUCAGCAGAUUUGUGGAGCUGUUUUGAAUUUUAAUACUUGAAUAUCUUACGAAGGCCUACUAACUUAACCAAGUUAUGCUUCUGUUUUCCUUGAGAAAUUAUCAUAAGAUAUUCCAAUGCAGCCCUCCUGGCAGAAAUCGACAUGUUUGAAAGGUUCAUCGGCCGCAUGGAUCCUCAGGACCUAGUGUCCCAGGCUGGGGGAGACGGUCCUUGGGCAACAGGAGCCUCCCAGCUGGAGGGUGGGGGUCCUGGACGGAGGCGAAGGUCCCGGUCCAACAUAUCAGAUCACCCCCAGGAGCUGACCUUGGAACAAAAAGUACAUGUGGCAAAGAGGGAAGUAACAGAGAUACUACAAGACCAGGAGAAACUCAAACAGAGAUAUGAGAGAAUUCAGGACAACUACAAGGCCUCUCUGGAAGAGGCAGAAGUGCGUCUUGCAGAUAUUCAGAAGGCAAAGAGCGAUUUUGAACGCAGACUGCUCAAACCAAUUAAGGACAACAGGUUGGCAAUGAAGGAGCCUGAGAAGGUGCUACAGUACAUCGAAGACAAGUCCAUGAUCACCCAGUUGGAGAAGUUAACUCUGAAGAACAGGGCACUGAAGGUCCACAGAAAGAAGCUCCAGCAGCAGCUUCAACAGAAAAAAGAGGCGGGAAAAAACGAGUACGAGGACCUUUUCCAGGAGUACAGUGAGCAGAGAAUGGACAAAAACCUGGAGGAACUUCAAGUCAACAAUCUGAAAGUGCAACGUGUCCUCAGGUCACAUAAGGAGAAGCUACAGAAUGUGACAUUGGAGUCCACAGAGCUGAGCAAAGACAUUGCCAACAGGAAGCACAUGCUGGCUAAAAUUGAGGAGGAGAUGCAGCAGGCUGAGGAGGAGCGUUUAAAGGCAGAGGCUCUCAACCAACACCUGCGCCGCCAGAUGACAGAUUAUCAGGCUCCUGAUAUCAUUGAGUACAUUCAUGUCAAGGACAAACACAAGAAGCUGCAGCAGAGCAUUCACACUUGGGAGAGGAAGGUUGUUGUUGCUGAGAUGGCAUUGAAGACCCACACUAAAGCUUGGAGCUCACAGAGAGCUACUCUUACUCCUGCAAACAGCGCUGAGGCUGCAGCGAGAUCUCAGCAACGCCAAAUACCAGUAAAACUCCCGUACAUAGCCGAACACAGCACAUAGAGGAAUAGAGAAUCCAGUAGGCUUGGAUUCAUUAAAAAAAACAAUGUCCAUGCUUGAAGCUUUAAUCCUCAUUGUGUCAUUCAUUUAUUUAUAUUUACUCAUACUCACUAUGUGUCCUCAAAAGAUUUUUACCAUCCACCAUUAUGAAGAAUGACAUAUACAGUAAAAACUUGCUUUAUCAAGCCCUUUUCCCUUAAUUGUUGUAAAAUCUGUUACUUAAUAAUGUUGAAUAAUAAAAAGUAGUUUAGUCCUUACUA